GCAGUCUCCCUAAGCGCCCUUUUAGGCCUCGGCGCGGUGUUUUCUUGCGACCUGGAAUGCCCGGGUGGAAAAGUUUGCGAGUAUGGGUUUUCAUUGCCGACCUCUCUCUCACCCCCGGCAGAUUACAGCAUGAAAUGGAAAUAGGCCCAAGCAAGACUCGUGCACCGCUCUAAGGUCGCAGGUGGAAGGUGAAGGUCCGGCAGGCUAUGAGGCCGCUGGCUUUCUAGUACCGCUGGCGCGUCCUCUUGGGUACCAGGUCCAGCUGCUUGAACAGCUCCAGAUGAAGGAAAGCACAAUGUCCCUGACCCCAGACUUGAAUCCACCACCAGAGAAGGCAAGGAAAGCAGAUCUCCCUGGGCUGAGACCCACUGUCCCUGUCCGAGCCCGACGCCCGUAAUGUGGCUGGGUAAAGCAGCUGUUUCAGAGCACCACGUACUGUUGCUUGAGAGCUCUGGGGCGGUGGAUCCAGCGACCUGUUCCUGCUCUGCUCCGGCCUGGUUCCUUGUGAAAAAGAAUGUGCCUCCCCAUGCCGGAGCUGUCCCGGAAGACAUCCAGGAAACGCGAACCUCAGAAACAAGGCCACGCUUCAGAGAGCGUUCAAGAGGUGACAUAGCGCUCAACUACCCUCACCCCAGCGCGGCCGAGGCGGCCUUCGUGAGCGGCUUCCCUGCCGCAGCCGCCGCGGGCGCGGGUCGCACGCUCUACGGAGGGCCGGAGCUCGUGUUCCCCGAGGCCAUGAACCACCCCGCGCUGACCGUGCACCCAGCGCACCAGCUGGGCGCCUCCCCGUUGCAGCCCCCGCACUCCUUCUUCAGCGCUCAGCACCGGGACCCUCUCCACUUCUACCCCUGGGUCCUGCGGAACCGCUUCUUCGGCCACCGCUUCCAGGCGAGCGACGUGCCCCAGGACGGGCUGCUUCUGCACGGCCCCUUCGCGCGCAAGCCCAAGCGGAUCCGCACGGCCUUCUCGCCCUCGCAGCUGCUGCGGCUGGAGCGCGCCUUCGAGAAGAACCACUACGUGGUGGGCGCCGAACGGAAGCAGCUGGCCGGCAGCCUCAGCCUCUCGGAGACGCAGGUGAAGGUGUGGUUCCAGAACCGGAGGACAAAAUACAAACGACAGAAGCUGGAGGAGGAAGGGCCCGAGUCUGAGCAGAAGAAGAAGGGUUCCCACCACAUCAACCGGUGGCGCAUCGCCACGAAGCAGGCCAAUGGGGAGGACAUCGAUGUCACCUCUAAUGACUAAGGGAGCCACCAUGAACCCAUGAGGGCAGAGUGCUGCUUGCUGCUGGCCAGGCCCCUGGGGGGCCCAAGCUGGACUCUGGCCACUCCCUGGCCAGGCUGCAGGGAGGCCUCGAGUCACGGCCCCACAGGGCUUGGAGCCUGGGGCCAUUACAGUCAGAGGGACAAGAAAUGGGCUGGCUGAAGCCUGGGACUGCUCAGCCUUCUCCUCGGAGAGCCUGCCUGCCUGGGCGGGUCGCCGGUCACCGCCGCCCCCGCUGCUCUCCAUUUCUCUUCUCUCCUUUUGUUUUGAUGUAUUUCUGUUUUAAUUUAUUUUCCAGGCACCUGCUAUAGUUCUUAGUGAUCCCCUUGUGUCUCCCUUCCCUAUGGGAAUAAUAAAAAGUCUCUCUCUAAUGACACAGGCAUCCAGCUCCAACCCGAGAGGCUGGGGUGGUGGUUUCAACUUUGGGGACCGGGGGGCUGGCAGGGUGCGUUCACCCUGGACCUGGAGCCUGCAGUGAGCAUUGGACGGGGUGAGGGCAGUCCAUUCGCUCCUGUGCUUUGGUACUGGUCAACCCUGGUCUCUUAACCCCAGCUCCAUGGCAGGAGAAACUGAGCCCAGACUUAGGGCAGGGCCACCCUGUGUUUUGAGAGAAGCUAAGAUCCAGGUCUUUCCAUACUCACUGAGGGGUGGGAAUCAGGCCCAGGUAGCUCCAUGGGGAAGGGAGGGAAGUUUCCCAUAGGUAGAGACUUUGGUGACUUCUCCAGAUGAGGAGAAGCCAGAGGGAACACUCAUAGUGGCAGACAGUCCCAGCCCUAAGUGCCAGCCCCACAGAGAUGCACCUGUGUCUUUAUAUAACCCCUGGGCAGGUUAUGGCUUCAGAGUCCGAGCUUGAGGCUGAGCUGGCACCAGUCCCCAGGACUCAGGGACUUUCCCAGCCCGAAACACACAAGACGGCUCGCUGAGCUCUUUUGUCCACCUGUCUUUCAGUUUGUCCAUUUUUCCUUUCUACUUGUCAUACAUUCAGAUUUCCUUCAUCCUGGAAAAAGAAAACUGUGUUCCUAACAAUCUUCCCCUUCUAGUAUCCAGGUAUGUCCCCAUUUUGUCCCCCAUUGUAUCCCUAGCCCUCUGUUCUUUGGUCUCUGCUCCAGCUCUCUACUGAUGUUAAGGACAAUUGCCAACCACAAUCACUGGUCACUCCUUGGUGGCCAAAUUCAACUGCCCCUGUCUGAGUUCGCCUGUCCCUGAUCUGCUGGUCAUGCCCUGCUUGACUCCUUCACCCCUCUGCCUUCCUUCUGGUCCCUCUGAUGCCACAUCCGUUAUCUCAAAGUUCUCCCCAGUUUCAUCCAGGCUUUGUGACUUCUGUCCACCCUGUCCUGCCUCCUCAUCCCACCCUCCAGCAGGG